UGGUCACCAGUCGUCCGCGUGACGGAUGUAUAAAACACUUCAUCGAGGUUGCUAGUGCUGAGACCAGAGCCAGUUCCAGGCGUAGCUAUUCUUGCCAGACUGCCUGCAAGACUAAUCACAAUUACUCGUUCCUGAUCAUGUCUAACCCGCUGGCACUACUUGGCUUGGCUCGCGACAACAAGUCGGAUGACAUCCGGCGCGCGGUGAAGGACGAGGGGCUGAAGCCGAAUGCUGCAAAUGAGUUCGGUCAGACGGCGCUACAUGUGGCUUCCCUGUGGGGCAACGUGGAGGCCAUCCGUACGCUGCUGGACUGCGGCGCCGACGUAAACAUCACUAACAGCCGGGGCUCCACGCCACUGCAUUUCGCAGCCAGCGCCAAGAAGAGCGCGCUGGCGGCGUGCCAGGCCCUGCUGGACGCGGGGGCGGACACGGAGAAUGUUGACUUGAUGGGCCGCCAGCCCUACGAGAUGGCGGAGGACGAGGCGGUGCGGCAGCUGCUGGGCGGGCCGGACGCGCGCAUCUUUGAGUUCGCCAGCAAGGGCGACGCGGCCGGGCUCCGGAAGCUGCUGGAGGAGGCUGCCAAGGAGGACGCCGACACGCCGGUGAGCCUGCGUGUGGUGGACAGCGACGGCAACACGCCGCUGAACCUGGCCAUCGCGGCAGAGAGCCUGGAGACCGUGCAGGUGAUCCUGGGCCAUGACGGCGCCAUGGUCAACUACCCCGACAUGAGCGGCAGCACACCCCUGCACGCCGCAGUGGAGGCAGGCAACCUGGACGUGCUCAAGUACCUGCUCAGCCGGGAGCCCCCACCAGAGAUGAACGUGCAGAACAUGCACAACAGCGAGUACGCCCAGGGCUCCUGGCUGUAUGGCGGCGAGACGCUGGAGCCGUUUGACAAGACGCCGCUGCACGUGGCCGUGGAGGCGGGCGACGUGGAGGCGGUGAAGCUGCUGCUGGCCACAGGCCGCUGCAACGCGAACCUGCUGGACUUUGACAAGGCCUCGCCGCUGCACCUGGCGCUGGAGGCGGGCGACGAGGCGAUGGUGGCGGCGCUGCUGGGGGCGGGGGCCGACCCCGACCUGGCCAACCCCGACUUCAAGUCGCCGCUGCAUCUGGCGGCGAGCCGUGGCAAGGUCUCCAUCCUCAAGCUGCUUAUUGAGGUGGGCAAAGCCAAUGUGGCGGCCGCGGUGGCGGAGGACGGUUGGACGCCACUGCAGCUGGCGGCGCGCGGCGGCGCCGUGGAGAAGAUCCAACUGCUGAUCGCGGCGGGCGCAGAUGUAAAGCGGGCCAAUGUGCAGGGCAACACGCCGCUGCACCUGGCGGCGGUCAACGGCCACACGGCGGCUGCAGAGGCGCUGCUGGCGGCGGGCGCCAACAAGGCCGCCGCCAACCGGGACGGCAAGACGGCCGCCGACCUGGCGAAGACGCCGGAGCUCAAGGAGCUGCUCAGCUAGCGGGCUGCUUCGGGAGCAGCUCGUGUGAGAAGCAUGUUGCCGUUUGUGUGUUGGUGUUGGUAUGGAGCGCGAGCGCUGCUCGGGUAGCAGGCUGCGGAAACGGGUGUGUACCGGUGAAGUGUUUUCCGUUACCCAGGGCCGCCAGACGCCCCGCCGGAGUUGCAUUGGAGGCGCAAGCUCAAGACCUGUGGCCGUAAUGCGCACGUGUAGCAGGGUUGAGACGCUGACUGCGGGUGGAGGUAGAGCCCCACUAGGCCUUGCGCCAUGACCGCGCGCUGUGCUCGGGGUUCGGGGAGGCGUGCACGGGGAGGUUGCCAAGGAGGUUGCGCAAGCCCCCCACCAGUUAUCUACACUUUCAUUGAAGCAUAGUUCACGUAACAUUUACAGCCGCUGCUAGGGCGUUUAACACGAUGGGCGGCUACGAUUUCUGCUCGGAUUCGGAUUUCGCGCCCUUGCAGCUUUGCGCUCCUUCUGCUUUGCCGAGCCCUGAGGCAUCAUUACAUCAUAUACCUU